UUUGCCUAAACUCAGAAUUUGCACCAUUAGAAACAAAAACCCACCUCAUAAAGCUGCUUUAGAUUGUUGAAAAGUGAAAGAAGAUAGAGAAAUAUGGCUUCUUCAUUCUCUUCUCUAUGUACUGUAAUUGCACCAUCAACCAGAAGCAUCAGAAGUACUCAUAAAUAUUCCCUCCAAGUGAGAGCUCAGAGCUAUAGAGAUGAAGGGAGAUCAAGUAAUAUUAUAGAUGCAAAUUUGAGCAUUUUGAAGAUGAGAAUAGAGGAGGUUAGGAUCAAAGAGAGAUUGGAGAGGUGUUGUAGGAGUCAAAAUGGAUGGAACUAUGCAGCUACAUAUGAUUACAAGCGCAAAAGAGAUGCAGAGCUGUCUCAGGUUUUUGAACUUUUAGGUAUUGUUGGUGGCACUUUUGGCCUUACCAUACUCAGUGGUACUCUUUUUCUUUGCCUUAUGUCCCUCUUAGUUCAUUUGAACCAAUGAACUAGACAUGUUUAUAAUAUUGUAUUGUAAAGAUCUCUCUCUCUCUCUCUCUCAAUGUUGGAGAUGGUAUUUGCCAAAUUCAAUUCUA